AUGCUGGCGGUGGGGCAAAUGGAUGGCACCCCCCGGCAGAGCGCCUUCCUGCUCAGCAGUCCCCCCUUGGCCGCCUUGCACAGCAUGGCCGAGAUGAAGACCCCUCUGUACCCCGCCGCGGCCUACCCGCUGCCACCCCCCACAGCAGGCUCGGCUGUUCCCAGCGGACCCUCGUCCUUGUCCUGUUCCUCCUCUUCCUCGUCGUCGUCUUCCUCGGCCUCGGCCUCUCCCUCUCCGCCGCUAGGCUCCCCGACGCCGGCCGGCCUCAAGCCCCACAGCGCGGGGGCCCUGUCGGCGCUGGGCUCCCCCCCGCAGCAGCUCUCCGCCGCCACCCCGCACGGCAUCAACGACAUCCUCAGCCGGCCGUCCAUGCCAGCCCUCGCCGUCUCCUCGGCCGCCGCCUCUUCCUCGGUGGCUUCCUCGACGUCCGCCUCGCCGGCCGCCGGCCUCCUGGCGGGGCUGCCUCGCUUCAGCAGCCUCAGCCCCCCGCCGCCCCCGCCGGGCCUCUACUUCAGCCCCAGCGCCGCCGCCGCCGUGGCCGCCGUGGGGCGCUACCCCAAGCCCCUGGCCGAGCUACCCGGCAGGACCCCCAUCUUUUGGCCAGGGGUGAUGCAGAGCCCGCCUUGGAGGGACGCGAGACUCGCCUGCACGCCGCAUCAAGGCUCGAUUUUGCUGGAUAAAGACGGCAAAAGGAAGCACACAAGACCGACGUUUUCCGGCCAGCAGAUUUUCGCUUUGGAAAAGACUUUUGAGCAAACGAAAUACUUAGCCGGGCCGGAACGAGCGAGGCUCGCCUAUUCGCUGGGGAUGACCGAAAGCCAAGUAAAGGUUUGGUUCCAGAACCGGAGGACCAAGUGGCGGAAGAAGCACGCGGCCGAGAUGGCGACGGCCAAGAAGAAGCAGGACUCCGAGACGGAGCGGCUGAAGGGCGCCUCGGAGAACGAGGAAGACGACGACGACUACAACAAGCCCCUGGACCCCAAUUCGGACGACGAGAAGAUCACGCAGCUGCUGAAGAAGCACAAGACGGGGGGCGCCAGCGCCAGCCUCCUCCUUCACACCUCGGAGAACGAGGGAUCCUCCUAGACGGCAGGCGGGGAGCGAGCGGGAAAGAGAGAUACCGCCUGGUAGAAGGAGGGCGAGAGGCCCCGAUCUCAUUAUCCAUCC